AUGAAUGUACUCCGAAGACUUAAUACGAUCCUCGCUUCAAACAGUAACUCGGCUAAAGUUACAUCUGCAUUCAACCUCUCUGCUAUUCCUUCUCCUGUUAUUGAAAUAAGGCCUAGUCAAUUUUUACAGAGGAAACCAACCACCAAUACGAAUACCAAUACUGCUUCAACACGAACUACAACAAGAACAUCAUCCCGAAUAUCUCUAAGGGAAACUAAGAGCAAAGUUCAAUUUCCUAAUGAUACUAUAGAUAAUAUAUUUAAUGAAAUUGAUGAAAGCAGGGCCACUACAAAGGAGAUUAAAAGCAAGCAUAAAAAAUCUAAUCAAACUCCCUCGAACACAUCCCAGCAUAAACGUGAUCCAAGCAUUAGAGAAUGUCAAGAAUAUAUAAAUAACAUUAGGUCAUCGGUUGGUAAGGGGUCUUAUUACGAAAGGAAAUCAAUCAGAGAACGACUUAUUUCAUUGAGUCCGCAUUCCUUUGCUCGUACUUCUAUUCAAGAUAAUUAUGACUCGCAGAGAGCAUUAGAGAUUUAUAAUGUUAACAAAAAUAUAAAAACAAAUCCGGAAUAUAAAUAUAUUAAGAGUGAAAAGAAUCGAGAAUUUCUCUCGAGGAUUUUACCAUUAUUGAUUAAUUUGACCCCCAAUAUCAGCAGUUCAAAUUAUCUGCGGAACAAUAACGAAGAAGAAGGAAAAACAAUUAGGAAAUUUCCUAAGUUUACAACAGAUGAAGUACCACCAAUCCCUGAUUUCCAAAAUGAUCCACAAGUUUUACAAGAUUUUAUCGGCUUAUUGACACAUACAACAUUUUACUAUAGGAAUUCUUCCAAAUUAAAUGGUAUUAUACCGAAAAUAUUAAGGAACUUAAUCCAUCCAACAAAUUUGAAAACUUUAAAACUUAGAACAAUUACUAAUUUUAAUGAUUUAAUUUAUUUCUACAGUAACAGAUUCGAUUUUGCCUCUGUAAGAGAAUUAUUCAAACAAUCACAAUUAGAAAACAUUCAACCCAACACAAUGACAUUUAAUCUAUUAUUAAGAUCGAUUUUGAAAAAUUCUCAAAUUAGGAAAAUUAACCCAGUGGUCAAUGAAAUUGAAUGGGUAUUACUAAAGAUGGAGAAAUGUUCAGUGAAUGCAAAUUAUAUCACCUGGCUUACAUUGUAUAAUUUCUUACAGGAUAAUUUAUCAAGAGAUGUGUUUAUUAAUCAAAUGCAUACGAAGGGGUUCCCAAUAAAUAGAAAUGAGUUUAUUUAUACAGUAAUGCGGAAUAAUGAUGAAUAUACCGGAUUACAAAUUUUGGAAUUUUUGAAAAAUAAUAAUAUUGGGUUUAAUGAUGGCAUUUUUACUACGAAGUUGAUUAAUCUUUGUAUUGAAAGGUUUUUAUCAAAACAAGAUCAAAAAAAUCUGAAUUAUGCAUGGAUAAUUUUGAAAUAUUUUGGUAAUGAAAAUAAAUCUUUGUUAAACUAUAAGACGUUGAAUUGUUUCUUGGAAAAUUUUGCUAAACAUGGUAGAAUUGAUCUUUCUUUGAUGAUCUUUAACGUUUGUACAAAACGAUUCGCUAUCUUACCUAAUUUUGAUAGUUUUGAAAUGUUAUUCAAAUCGCUGGUUAUAAAUGGAUAUACUAAAAAUUUCCCAAUGGUUUUAAAAUAUUUAAAGAAAUUAAAGAAAAGUUAUAAUUAUGAGGAAAGGAAUACAUAUUGGAUUGUGAAAGCGGAACUAAUAUCCAAGUAUAAUUGUUUGAAACAUUUUACUGAAGCGGACUUUAUUAAAUGUGAAAAAUUGUUAUCUCCUGAUUCAUUUACGUGGGAUGCUAAAACUCUCAUUUGGCGAACCUGGCAACAACCAAGUUCGUCACUUAGGAAGAGAUUACGUUACCUAGGUUGCUUUAGUGGUAACCGUCAUACGAAAUUUAGUAACAAAUUCUUAAAGUAUGAUGGUACACCUCAAUAUGAUAGUUCCGUGAAAACGAGUAAAUAUAUCACAUCAUCACUAGACAUUGCAAUAAAGAAGAACGAUGAAAGGGAGAGGAUUAAACUUUUUGCUGUUAAGAGGGCCAUGUUUAAGAGAGUACCUUAUGCGGAAGAACCAUUUGAAAGUUUGAAAAAAGAACUUAAAGAAAGAAAUAUUAUAAAGAAUUGA